AUGCCGUUACAAGUUACUUUGGUUCGUCAUGGAAAUACAGACGCCAACAAUGAGCGUUGGUUGCAAGGCCAUGUUGAUACAGAGCUGAAUAAAAAUGGACUAAACCAAGCAGCAUGUUGUGGCGAACGUCUCAAAGCGGCAUCGUAUGACCAUGUUUAUUGCAGUGAUCUGAAACGCUGUAAACAGACAGCGGCUGCCAUCCUGGCUCAUCACUCACCCGAUAUAUCCAUCGAGUACCUGGCCAUCUUGCGUGAAAGAGAUUUCGGUAAGCUAUCUCGACAACCACUCAAAUACUUGUUUUCCGAAUCCCAACAACAAGGUCUAAGCAUGGAUCAAUUUAUUUCCAACCAUGAUGGGGAGAGCGAGCUGACGUUUCGGUCUAGAGCCAUAUCCGCUUGGAAUUUCAUAAUUGAGGAUGCUCAAAAGAAACAAUAUCAAUCAGUUUUAGUAGUUACACAUGGAGGCCCACUGAAAUACUUGAGCACUUAUUGGAUAGACAAUGGAUUUAAGGCUGAAAACGAGGACUUGAAAGUGGCGCCAGUUGCUCAAGGCAAUACAGCUGUUACUCGUAUCAAUGUUACGGAGAAAGUUAUCCAUGAAUUCAAUUCGACAAGUCAUUUACAGAAUCAAAACUCAAAUCAACCGCCACCACCUGCCGUAUAA